GGCCCCGGGCCGUGACGGCCGGGCCAUGGCGGGGCUGUCCCGCACCCUCGGCAUCUUCGGCGCUUUCGCCGCCGUGGUGGGAGCCGCCUUCUACCCCAUUUACUUCCGGCCUCUGCUGCUGCCCGAGGAGUACAAGAAAGAACAAUCAAUAAACCGAGCUGGUAUUGUUCAAGAGGAUAUUCAGCCUGCAGGGUUAAAAGUGUGGUCUGAUCCGUUUGGAAGAAAGUAAUGUUGGCGGCUGUGCAUAUUACAGAACUGAAGAUGGACAUCUUCAGCUGUUUCUUCUUUCACUGAAGUGUGAUUUUGGGUGUUGCUGGAGAAGAAUUCUGAAUAUGCUGUGUGAGCACGUGAGGAGCAACAAAGGCUGCUGGUUGGAAUCCCAAGAGAUAAAAACAUGCUAUUUUGACAGAGGAUGCUGGUGCAUAGCUCACAGACUCUUAGAGAGCUGAAUGAUUAUUGAGUAUAGAAGUGAAAUAUUUAUUUCCUUGAGAAAAGGGAAAAGGAUUUUUUUGAAUCUGUAGACACUUGUAGAAUAAAUUAUGAAUAGAGUAAAUCAUGCUGCAGUUUCCUCCCUAGUUUGAGAUUUACUUUCUGUGGUUUUAUUUUGAAAGCACGGUAGAAGUAUAUAAUGGGAGAGAUCAGUGCAGAAAAUGCAACAUGGUUAGUGUAAAUUUGUACAUUAAAAUUUUUAAACCAA